AUGGCUCUCAAUAUCACUCUUAACUGUUCGAUACGAUAUGCGGCUGCAGAUAAUUCGUUUGAGAAUAUUUAUAAAGGUAUGUUGGAACAAUUUACCCUGUUCAAGUGCUUCACCCCAGAUCAUAAAAUUUUAACAGAUCCGAAGUCUUCUUUCGACGAGAAAAAGACCGUCUGAGGUUACCUAAAUACCGUAAAGUCUUUACAUUUCUCAUUUCUCUAACGGUAUUUCCCUUUUUUAAGGGCUAACCGUUAAUUUACAGGAAAUGGAUGUGGUAGAUGUGUCAAUGCGAAACAAUUCUUUGGCGCUCAUUGAAACAGCGUGACAUAUCACACUCUAAUCUAUAAUAAAUAGUGACAAUUUUUUUUCCUCACAAACGCGAAAAAGUAUAAUUAAAAUUGAUUAACAUACUCAUUUUAGAAACUGAAAUAAAUACUCGUGCACCUUAUCAAAAUGAAAAGUUAAUUUUAUCGUUAAAUAUUAAAAGCGUCCUCAAUUUAAACUUCACUUUCUUAAAACGUGGCUUUUUUGCCAAAUGGCACGUUGUUCAAUCAAAAUUUUUCCUCAUCUAUCAUGAUGGUAAAAGCAAUAUAUUAUGAAUGAAACAUCUGUUCUUCAGAGAUUUUUUAAUUUUUGAAUGCCAACAAAUUAUCUCAAAUUGCUACAAUGCUUAAUUUUCGCACAAUAUUUAUGCUGUUUUUCUCUCUCCUUCUUUGGCUUCGGUAAUAGUUGUGUACUUAGUUGCCAAACUUUUGAUUUAGAGUGAGGCUGAAGGUGAUCUUGUUGUGAUAGAGACCAGUAUCAAGUUAGCAUGAUAGCAAAGUAAUUUGCAUUCAGAAAGCAGCAGGGUUUUUAUCAAAACAAGGUCAACCUUAACCUAUCAAAACCUUGAAAACCAAGCACACAACUGUAAAAUGGACUAUUUGUAAUUUUUUUUUCCUACUGUGUGAAUGCAAUUACAAAAUUACCUAGCUGUUCGUGAAAGGUUGAACGCGGUGUUUCAUCGCGUGGUCCAUUUUAAGUCAUAUUUAAAUUUUAUGGAUGAAACUGAAUGCAUUCCGAACAAAAAAUCUUUUUUUUUUUAGUGUCAGUGGAUGCCAUGAUCAUCCAUAGCAAGGUUACUGAAAAAAUCUGCCUUAUCAUACCUUUAACUUAAAAGUCUCAAAAAGAAAAGAAUUGUAUGCAUUGUCUCCCGACCCUGAGUUUCGGUGCGCCAGUGAUUGCGAAUCGCUUCCUAGCGCCAUACAGCUUUUGGUUCCAAGUCAGGGGUAGCCUGCAGAACAGCAUUUUCAGUCAAACGGAGGAGGACUCCCCCUCGCGCGCGACUAGCAAUUCGCACUCGCUUAACACUUGUCUCCGUUCGCCUGUGAGACACAAAAUUAACGCCAGUUCUGCAGGCUAAGUCAGAGGGAAGUUAUGUGAACAUUAUGAACAUAGCGGUCAAACGUUUGCUCAUGUGUAAACGCUUAAACAAUACGAUGACCGGCCCGACAUCUUACUUUCGGGCCGCUAGAACCCGAGUAGUCUCAGGAGUCAUUAACAACCAAUAAAGCCGGUAAAUCACGGUGUUUUUGAACAGUUCAACGUUUUUGAAACUCAAGACAAGAUGUUGAAUGAAUAAAAAAACCUUUGUGUCACUUAUAAACUCAUCAUUUUUACACUUACUUCCUUUGUUUAGUCAAUCAACUGAUCAACGAGGGAGUGAUUGCAAUCAUUGGUCCAAAGACUUCCAGUUGCCGUGAAAGCGACGUACUCAUUAUGUUCUAA